CUCGCGCUCUAGCUAUUCCCUCGCAAAACCUCGCAGCUGAAGGACGUCCCUCGCCUCCUCUCCCAACCAGACCCUUCCAGUUUUUUUAGGCAAAAGUUUUGAAGUUUUCCUGUUUGUUUCAACAUUCUUCACUAGUUUGUCUAAAUCUACAACAAUCAUGCUCUCUGCUCACUCUCCAAACACCACCAACAACGUGAGGAACUUGACCACAAAGAUGCAAAAUACCGCGAUUGACGACAAAGAAAAUGGGGAUGUAUUCACCCAAAAGAACUCCACACUCAAACCAAGAGCUAUCCUCGGAGAGGUCCAGAAUUUACUGCAAGUGGAAAUCCCCUAUUCACAAAAAUUGAAAGAACAUGCAAAGUCAAAACUUGUCAAACAAGAGAACACAGGCAAAAGAGUAGUCUCCAAUAAGCGAGAGGAAGAACCUCUUCUAAGGGAGAACUCCCGACGCUUUGUCAUCUUCCCCAUCCAAUAUCAUGACAUCUGGCAAUUCUACAAGAAGGCGGAGGCAUCCUUCUGGACGGCCGAGGAGGUCGAUCUUUCCAAAGACUUGGACCAUUGGGCCAAGCUCACAGACAAUGAGAGGCACUUCAUCUCGCAUGUUCUUGCUUUCUUCGCUGCAAGCGAUGGUAUUGUCAAUGAGAACUUGGUUGAAAGGUUUAGCCAAGAAGUGCAGAUUGCAGAGGCGAGGUGUUUCUACGGGUUCCAGAUUGCAAUUGAAAACAUCCACUCAGAAAUGUAUUCAUUACUCAUCGACACAUACAUCAAAGAUUCAGCUCAGAGAGAUUACCUCUUCAAUGCCGUUGAGACCAUGCCGUGUGUCACCAAGAAAGCGCAAUGGGCGCUGGACUGGAUCAGUAGCGACAGCGCAGACUUUGGUACAAGGGUCGUUGCUUUCGCAGCAGUAGAGGGCAUCUUCUUCUCGGGUUCCUUUGCCGCAAUCUUCUGGCUCAAGAAACGAGGUCUGAUGCCAGGGCUUACCUUCUCAAAUGAACUCAUCAGCAGAGACGAGGGUCUUCACUGCGACUUUGCAUGUCUGAUGUUCAAGCAUCUCAACAACAAGCCAUCGGAAGCUCAUGUCCAGGGGAUCAUCAGGGAAGCGGUUAAGAUCGAACAGGAGUUCCUGACGGACGCUCUACCCUGCUCUCUCAUCGGUAUGAAUGCCGGCCUCAUGAAGACCUACAUCGAGUUUGUAGCCGACAGGUUGCUUGUUGAGCUUGACUGUAAAAAGAUCUGGAAUGUCGAGAACCCAUUCGACUUCAUGGAAAACAUCUCGCUGGAAGGAAAGACAAACUUCUUUGAGAAGAAGGUCGGUGAAUACCAGCUGAUGGGAGUUAUGAGCUCCACGAAGUCGAAGGAAAAGCAACACAAGUUCAGCUUGGACGAGGCCUUCUAGAAGGCAUUCUCAGGGAACUGAUGUAUUAAUAGACACUGAAAUUGGACACUUCUCAAUUGCUCGGCUUGAUGCAACCCAUGCGCAGCGACCUUGUGCCUUGCUCAGAACUCAUCUAUGCAGAAGAAGCUGCGGUUGGUGUGUGUCCUUGGCUGCAAGAUCAGCUAUCUAUAUUCUCCAGUCUGAACUGAAAGCGGGCAAGUCGGAAAGAAUUCAUGGGAGAUGUAUAGACCUAACUUAAGCAAUAGAUGUUUAAUAUUUAUAGGCGAGGGGUCCGUACAAAUAGUCUUGAAACAGAAGUUAUGAAUUUGGUCAAGCGAUCUGAUGAAAGUUACAUCUUGCAAAUCUCCAGAAUGCGCUUGAAAGUCAAGUCGUCUUGGAUGGUUCCAAAUUCAUUUUGUUUUGUCCAAAUUAAACUAUGAUGCAUGCACUUGAGAUUCCCUAUAUUCGUGUGUGAUCGACUUCCUCCAUGAAAUCUUUUCAUACGAAGAAUUUGUAACCCUGUUAACAGGAUUUUCAAUAUGAAAACUAAAAAAAUAGCAAAAGUCGUACCUCCUGCAAAUAAUUUAUUGAGGGACAUUUUUUAAUGUUAUAUUUUGUACAGAAAUAAGUGUUUUAUUGUGUAGACCUCUGUUUUUAGCAGCUGUGGUUUGUUUCUAUUUUAAUUCUAGCCAGCAGAUUACAACUUCAUAGGCAAUAAACAGCAGUGGUGCUACAGUUUUUCACUGAAGUUGCUUUUUUUUUUAGAAUGCUCUUAUAUUGCUUUUCUCGGUCAAUUCUUUGCAGUGCAUCUCGGAUUUGAAAGGAACGUUUUCUUUCGGACGCAAGGAAAAAACAUCUCUCCUCAAACUGUACUUAUUUAUAAAGGGAGCAGUUUCCUUCGAUGGGUGAUGCAUUCCAUUGAUUUGCCUCUGUUGACUUGUUAAAACUCUUGCACGAUGUAAUUCAUAGUUUGCUGUUUUUAUUACAGUUUUGGUUAUUUUCUCAGACUAACUGUAGGGUCUCUAUCUAAUAAUGCAACCUAAUGGCCUUCUUUUCUUAGAUUGAAUUUAUAUUUUUGCAUUUGCUUGUAUGGAUUUUAUAUAUCAUGAAAUGUAUUAACAAAGAAUUUUAGCACUUGCUUUCUUUUUUAAUUGCUUUUCUUAAUUGCCAGCUUGCACUGCCCCUUUUAUUUGUAGAAAAUGAAUUGUUUUAAAUUUACAUCGCAGAUAUUCAUCGCAUUUACCACUACCGAGGAAUGAAAUAACAAAGUGCCUCUCAGAAUACUAUUUCUUUGUAGCUGAAAAUCUAUUUCCUUUGUGAAGUUUGCAUUCAGUUUAAUUGAAUUUUGUACCACCACCUUUUUUUAUAUGUUUUUUCCCCCAUUUCAUAUCAAUGCUGUAAUCUCAAGCUUACAAAAUUGUAAAUAUUAACCAAAUAUGUUGUAUAUACAUCAUUAAGAUAUUACAGCAUUAAAGAGGUUCUUAAUAAU